AUGACUACCUUGAAAAAAUUCGUUAUGAUCGCUUUGAUUUUGACAAUCAGUCUCUUCGUUUUAUCUGACGCGGCUCCUGUUGUUGAUAGCAUUACACAAUCAGCAAACGGUGGUAACGGUGGUAACGGUGGUAAUGCCGUUGGAGGAACCGCCACCGCCAAUUCUGGAUCUGCACCAUAUUUUGGAUGGCCACAUUAUCCAUUUUGGUAUCCAUAUCCAUACAACAACGGCGGCCCAGCCGUCGCUAUCGGCGGUCCCGCCCAGGGUGGUAAUGGUGGUAACGGUGGUAACGGUGGCACUAAUGUUGCCGUUCAGGACGUCUACUAA